AUGCCCGCUCACAUCCCUAUCGUAAAAAAGCGAACAAAGACCUUCAAGAGGCAUCAAUCUGAUCGAUACCACGGUGUCAAGGAGUCAUGGAGAAAGCCAAAGGGUAUUGAUAACAGAGUCCGAAGAAGGUUCAAGGGCCAACUUCCCAUGCCCAAGAUCGGUUACGGUUCCAACAAAAAGACCAAACACCUUUUACCUUCAGGCCACAAAGAACUUCUCGUUCACAACCUUUCCGAACUCGAACUUUUACUCAUGCACUCUGGUAAAUACGCCGCUGCCAUCGCUCACGGUGUAUCCAGCAAGAAGAGAGUAGAGAUUGUUGCUAGAGCAAAGGUUUUAGGUGUUAAAGUGACCAACCCCAACGCCAAACUCAGAACCGAGGAGGCUUAG